AUGAGUUUUCUCUCUGAUUGGAUGCCUUUUACCCCCAACAUAGAUGAAGAAAGUUGCAGUCCAGAAAAUUAUAUUAAGGAAGAGUUGAAGGAAGAUGGUGUUGAAGAUGAUUAUUUAGAAAUAAAGGAAGAAAACUGUGAAUGCAAAACUGAUGGGACUGACAUAGACAUAAAGCAUGAGUGCUCAUUUUAUGAGAAUCUUGAAGGGGAAAGAAAUGAAACUGGGGCAUGUAAUUCAAAAUAUGCAUAUAACUAUUCAUUAUCAGCAGUGCCUUUUUUGGCUGAGGAUUGUAGAAACAGUUGCUUAUCAGAUGGACUUCAAUCAACUCAUGAGGAUUAUGAUAAUGAGGUAAUGAAUGAAAUACUGGACAUGAAUGGGAAAUAUUGUGUAUGUGAAAUGUGCAACAGUAAAUUUGCUUGUAAGAAUCAUCCAUUAAAUCACACUAAAAUGCAUAUCAAGUCGAGGCCUUGUAUCUGCGAGGUAUGUAGUAAGGCCAUAUUGAAUAACAGUGAUCUAGCUCUACAGAUGAGAAUACCUGCAAGGGAGAAAUGUCAUGGAAAGAGCCAUGGUAAGAAACUUUAUACUUGUGAUCUUUGUACUAAAGUAUUUAAAGGGAAAGGGGCUAUAAGGUCACAUAUAAGAGUACAUACAAAAGAGAAGCCUUAUAGGUGUGAGAUGUGUAACAAGGCCUUCUCUAAAGCAUACAAUCUAAAGAGUCACAUGAGAGUGCAUACAAAGGAGAAGCCUUUUAAAUGUGAUGUUUGUGACAAAGCAUUCUCUCACAAACAGUAUGUUGAAAAGCACAUGGGAGUUCAUACAACUGAAACACAUAAACAUGAGGGAGUACAUACCAAAGAAAAACCUCUUGAAUGCAAUGAAUGUAACAAGAGUUUUUCUCAUAAAAGUACACUAAUGGUGCAUAUGAGAGUACAUACAAAGGAAAAGCCAUAUAAAUGUGUUCUCUGUAGCAAGGCAUUCUCUCAAAAACAUCACCUAGAAAAGCAUACAGGAGUACAUACAACAGUAAAUUCAAAAUUUUCCUUAUCAAAAAUCUAUGUAGGAUCUCCUGUAGUUAAUACAAACAUGUGUUUCUGGUGCAUCAAGUAUCUAAGCAUAAGUGUUUACCAGCCUUUCGUUGAAAGCUGA